AUGGACCUGAACUGGAGGGAGGCGUUGGUGUGGAACCUCGGCUGCGCCUGCUGCUGGAGAUGGUUUUUUGCACUGCUGUGGGUCUUCUCCAACCCAGUCAUGGAAAGAGACGAUUUUGAUGCCGCGGAGCUGGGAUGGCAAGUCAUCUCGCUUGACAUCGACCCCGAAGCAAACCCGACGGUAUGCGCGGACGUCUGCAGCUGGGAGUUGGAGGAGGGCGACCACACCGCCAUGAGAGCUCUGGAGCUGAUUCAAGAGCUGCGCCCGAAGUAUUGGUGUAUCGAGAAUCCCCAGACGGGCUUGCUGAAGCGCCGGCCUUUCAUGUGCAAUUUGCCUUGGAGUGACGUGACUUACUGCAAGUACGGAUUUCCUUACAAGAAGGCCACACGCCUCUGGCACAACUUGUCUUGGACUCCCGAACACAAGCG